GCCCGGGGUCCUUCCUUGUUGCCCAUGUGCGGAGCCCGGUGGCGGCGACAACAUGGGAGGUUUGGAGAAGAAGAAGUAUGAAAGGGGAGCAGCUACAAACUACAUUACCAGAAAUAAAGCCAGGAAGAAGUUGCAGCUCAGUCUUGCAGAUUUCAGGCGACUCUGCAUUCUGAAGGGGAUCUACCCUCAUGAACCCAAGCACAAGAAGAAGGUGAACAAAGGUUCCACAGCUCCACGCACUUUUUAUCUUGUCAAAGAUAUAAAGUUUUUGCUGCAUGAACCCAUUGUGAGCAAGUUUCGUGAGUAUAAGGUAUUUGUUCGUAAACUCCGUAAGGCCUUUGGAAAAGCAGAAUGGAGUACGGUUGACAGGCUCAAGGACAAUAAACCUGUGUAUAAGCUGGAUCAUAUUGUUAAAGAAAGGUAUCCAACCUUUAUUGAUGCACUCCGAGACCUGGACGAUGCAUUGUCUAUGUGCUUCUUGUUUGCAACAUUCCCUCGGACUGGGAAAUGCCACGUACAGACAAUUCAGUUAUGUCGGCGCCUGACCGUAGAGUUCAUGAAUUUUGUUAUUUCCUCGAGGUCACUUUGUAAGGUGUUCUUGUCGAUCAAAGGAAUUUAUUACCAGGCAGAAAUUCUUGGGCAAUCAGUAACCUGGAUUGUACCCUACACAUUUGCACAUGAUCAUCCAACAGAUGUGGACUACAGAGUAAUGGCCACCUUCACUGAGUUUUUUACAACACUGCUAGGUUUUGUCAACUUCAGACUCUACCAGACCCUCAAUCUCCUUUAUCCUCCAAAGCUGGAACACAAGGCAGAGGAAAAGGAGCUAGAGGAAGAUGAUGAAGCGUAUGCAAUGGACUCAGAAAGCUACAUGGAGAAACUGGCUGCAUUGGGUGCCAGUUUAGCUCGCAUGGUGUCUUCAAACGAAGAGGAUGAUGUGCCAGAUGAAUUCCCAGUGGAAGUGGAAAAUGCAGAACUGAUUGGAGAGAGGCAAAAGGAGCAACAAUUAUUAGAAAAACAGAAGAAGCUGUUUGAGGGAUUGAAGUUUUUCCUAAACCGAGAAGUCCCACGUGAAUCACUGGCAUUUGUCAUAAGGUGUUUUGGAGGCAUGGUAUCAUGGGAGAAGUCACUUUGUAUAGGUGCUAGUUAUCCUGUUACAGAUGAAACCAUUACCCACCAUAUAAUGGACAGGCCAAACCUUGAUAAACAGUUUGUCAACAGGUACUAUAUCCAGCCCCAGUGGGUGUACGAUUGUGUUAACAGCAAAACACUUCUUCCCGUAGAAGAUUAUUUCCUCGGAGUGACUUUGCCGCCUCACCUUUCUCCGUUUGUGGAAGAGAAAGACGGAGACUAUAUUCCACCAGAGAAGCUCAAACUCUUGGCCAUUCAGAGAGGAGAGAACACAUAUGAAAAUGAAACUGAGUCUGAGGGGGAGGAGGCUGAAGAAGAUGAGGAAGAAUCAGAUGAAAAGGAUGAAGGAGAAACGGACGAUGAAGGAGAUGGGGAUAUGGAUGAAACAGAAAAACAAGAUGAGGAAAGACUGAAACGUAUGGAGGCUCAGAAGGUGAAAGGCAAUAAACUGAAUGUGAAAGUAACCUCAGGGAUUAUGAAGCUGGAGAACAAAGCACAGGAAUCUGAGCGAGAGAAAGCUGAGGAGAAGCGCCUGGCCAUUAUGAUGAUGAAGAAAAGGGAGAAAUAUUUAUAUAAGAAAAUAAUGUUUGGAAAGAAGAGAAAAGUUCGCGAGACCAACAAGUUGGCGGCCAAGAGGAAGGCUUACGAUGACGAGCAGAAAGCUGAGAAGAAGAAGAGUAAAAAAAUUAAAUCCCAAUAAAAUACUGAAAAUCAUAGGUAGUUCUGUUUAUAUUGGACAGAAAGGAAGUAAAUUUGUAUAGUAAAGACUUUAUCUGCUCUUCUGAGAUGGGUUAGAUUUCAUGUGUCGCCAUAAUUCUGUAAAAAGUUAUUUAAGGCUUCUAUACAGAAAUACAAUUCCAUAUUGAAAUGUUUUUCUUACAGAGACUGUCUUCAGCUUGUGGAAUACUUGUACAAUUAUGUUGACUUUGUAUUACGAUUUUUAGGAAUCUUAAGCUGAAUCUGCCACUGUGGCAUUGUAAAUCCAUCACAGGCUGAACACUGCCAGUCCGCAAGAAAAUGUACUUGUACUUUCAUGGAAAAAUGGUGAAACAUACAGAAAUGGAUUUUCAUUCCAUUCUUUUCUAAAUGUUGUCUUUGCCUUAAUGAGCACCAUUAGUAUUUGCAAAAGAAAACAAUGUUUUUCUCCCCUCCCCCCCCCUUUACAUGCCAGUCUCAGCAUGAAACACCUUCAGAUCCACCUUGCUCAAUUCUUCAGGGAUAGGACAGAACAUAUCAAUUUCUUGUGUGAAUUACUUUUGUAGCUAUGAUCGAAGAUGAUCAGUCUUUGCCAAUGAAUUGCUGGGAGCUGGGCUACCAAAUCAUGUAUGUCGGAGGAAGAAAUUCCCCUACCUUAAUCUAGAUAACACUGCAUUUAUGAUACGAGUCAGAGUGUAAUUUUGUUUACACAGUUUUGUGCCAAUAUUGCUUGACAAUGUUUUUAUUAUUCAAGCUUUUCAAUUUCAUGCAUUGAUGUUUGUGUUGUAAAUCGGCUUGAGUAAAGUCUGGGGUGGGGAGGUGGAUAGUGGAAUCCUCAGAUACCAUGUGCUGCAUAGGAAUGUACCUUCAUCUAGAUAUUGUCAUUUAAUACAGCAAGAAGAGAUGAGGAUUGGAAUCCUAGAUCCGCUGUUCCUUUCAUUCUCUUGUUUGCCUGAUUUUUAAAUGUUUUUGUUGGGUUGCGUAAGCACACAGGGGAAAGCUUCAAAAUACUUGCUUCUCUUGGGAGCAGAAAGUGAAAAUCAAAGCUUUGGAAAACAUCCAGUACUGACAGAAAGCAAUUGAUAAACUGCGUAUUUUAAAAAUAAUUAUGUUUUAAGGUAUUUUUGGAAGUGUGGUAAUUGCCAGGGGUGCUUUCAAUGGCUUUAAAGGUUGACGGGAAAUAAACUUCCAGGAGUUUUGGUGUUGCUGCUUCGGUGGUAUUUGAGCAUCACUUUACAAACUAAAGAGUGGCCACGUUAUUUCUACCAGUGGAUGGAGCACAGGUUAAUCUAGGUGGUUAAACUAUUGUUGACUUAGUAAAAUUUGAUUACUUUGGGGGGAAAACAAAGAUCAGUGUUCAGCAGACAAAGUAUACAGAUGGGGGUGUUGGAAUUCUAAUGCAUUUAAUAAAUGCAGCACUAAACUGUUGUUGAAGUAUCAUUUAAACAACUGCUGGAGCAACACACAUUCACUGUUGAGCAGAAAGCCCUAGCUGAAUUCUCCAAGCUGAGAAGCAUGAGACUGUGUAUCAAUCCAGUCAGUUCCAUUUCCUUGAGGGAUGGUGACCAUGGGCUUAAUUGGACCUAAGUUGUGGCCAGAGAGUUGGGGGGGGGGGGCGGGAGCUCACCAGUGGUGACACAGCGAUCAGCAGCAAAACAAGUGGGUAUGGGGAAGGUUUGAGUAUCUGCGUCAAAUGUUGGCUAGAUUGGUUACGAUGGUCACAGGGCAACAUGGUCCAAAAAGGGCAUUACACAUUGUCCGAUACAUCUCUGUUGCAGGUCUCUUCUGGGGCUCAGCUGAAUAUCAGGUUUUCAAAUGUUACUUUGUUUAGGAGUGGGUGUGAAUGAGGGAUGAAUUGAUGUUGCAUAAAUAUGCGAUUGAAUUUCUAGUUAAAACUAUUUGUGUGCUAAGCUGCAAGAUAUAAAGCUAUUCAAUGAUUCCUGGCA